UGCCAGUCAGGGCGGCGAGCGGGAGAGCGCCACUCGGCCGUCUGUCCGGCCGGCCGGCGGAGCGCAGCGCAGCGGAGGCACCAUGACCAAGGAGCAGCUGAGGCCGCGGCUCUGUGUCAUCAGCAAGGGCCCGAACGGCUACGGGUUUCACCUGCACGGCGAGAAGGGCAAGACGGGCCAGUUCAUCCGGCUGGUGGAGGCGGGCUCGCCGGCCGAGGCAGCGGGGCUGCGGGCCGGAGACAAGGUGGUGCAGGUCAACGGCGACAACGUGGAGCAGGACAGCCACCAGCAAGUGGUGGAGAAGAUCAAGGCAGUGGCCGGCGAGACCCGGCUGCUGGUGGUGGACAAGGAGACGGAUGAGUUGCUGAGGAGCCUGGGGCUGGAGUGCAAGAUGGAAUACGUCCACGGCAUCCCCGAGCAGGGGCAGAGCGUCGAGCAGCGGGAGCCGGGAGGCGAGCUCAAACAGGCCGGCAGCGAGAAGGACUCCCGCAGAGAGCUGCGCCCCCGACUAUGCUGCAUGCAGAAGGGUCCCAACGGUUACGGCUUCAACCUCCACAGCGAGAAAUCCAAGACGGGCCAGUACAUCCGCGCGGUGGACCCCGACUCUCCUGCAGAACGGGCUGGACUGCUGCCUCAGGACCGGAUCAUCGAGGUAAAUGGGAACAGCGUUGAGGGGAAGCAGCACGCUGAUGUGGUGACAGCCAUUAAAGCUGGCGGUACAGAGACCUCGCUGCUGGUUGUUGACCCUGAAACGGACGACUUUUUCAAGAAAUGCAAAGUUUCACCUUCAGCUGUUCACCUUACAGGACCUCUGCCCCAGCUGCUCACAAACGGAGAAGAUGAACUAAAGGCCAAUGGGAACGUGUUGGAACCGGUGGCGCUCACAUCGGAGCCAUCUUCAGAUUCUUCGUCUUUGCCCUCCACUCCCACAACUCCGGCCAAAGAAGCAGCCGCUGACGUGGCAGAGCAGCCCCACCCUGAUACCGAGGGCGCGUUCGCUGAUGUGGGUCUCAGCCUGAGCACGUCUGCGGCAGCUGCCAAGGAGAAGGUCCAUUCGAAGCGGCUGAGCAAGCGGGCUCCGCAGAUGGACUGGAGCAGGAAGAAUGAGCUCUUCAGCAACUUGUAGGGGGCCCGGCUGGUAGCUCCCCUCACUGCACAAAAACCUAAAUCUCUCUAGUGAUUUGUUUGUUUCCCCAAACCCCAGCUAAUCUACCUGGUGCAUUCCAAUGGUGGGGCUAAUCCACAGCCCCUCCUUCCCCUGCCUGUCCCUCCCCCCACUCCCACCCAUUCCAGCCAGCCUCAGCCCACUCCAGCGUGGUACUCUGCUUUGACUAACCGGGGUGGGGUUAGUGGGCCCCUUGUUGCUCUCAGCCCAAACCGGAGGGAGGGAGGUGGAACCACAUCUCGGGUAGCUGUUCACUUGUCUGGGACUGACCCACCACCAUUCCCUGUGGGUGACUGGGGCUGUGAGCAAGAGUUCUCUGCUGUGGGUUUGGGGAGCGUACCUUCCCUUUGCUAGGAAGUGUAGUUUCAUUAGAUGCAUCUAAUCUAGCCUACACACUGUGCUAAUGAACUGGAUUCCUUAGUGACCCUCCCACAUCUGUCUGCAACUGUCCACCCAUUGUAAACUGGCACCACCAGCCCGGCUACGCUGUUCUUGCGAACUCCCGAGACUGGAGGUCCAAGGGCUUCAUCCGAAUUGUUGGUUCGUACUCUCAGGCACGGUAACAGCAACCCUUUCCGAUGCCUCUCACACGUUCAUCAUGGUGAAUGAUUUAUAUACUUUAAUUGUCCUUUUGAAAGAUCAGCCAGUAGUGGAGUUCAGUGCCACUGAUCAUGAAUGAGGCUUCUAUUCGGAGAGGCUAUAAACAGCCCCUUUUGUUACUUCUCCACUGAGGGGUAAGAAUGUUGGGCUGUGCAUGUGUGGGGAGAAGAUGCUCAGUGCCUGUGCUUUCUUCUGAAUUCCUCCUAUUCCCACUGAAAUGUGCUGAUUAGUCCAAUUAAUCUGCUAGCAAAAACGAAGGGGCUGGAACCGCUGCCCCUAUUAAUAAUGUCUUCGCUCGAAAUGAACGCUGUCUCUGGCUGCUUUUGUACUUCAAACAGGCGUCCUUUUGAUGGUGGGGCACAAACGGAGGUUUUGUAUUUUGUUAACUCCUUCACUGUCUCCUGCUGGGCAAGCACAGGGUGGGUUUUGGAGCAGCUCAUGUUUAUAAUUUACUUCUAUUUACCAGAAAUAAGUUAGGAAUAAAUGCUAAUGAACUUGGAAAUCUAUAAAGUUCUGAACUUGGCACAUUUACUGUACAUUGAAAUAAGUUUAUGGUUUCUGGGACAUGUAAGAAAUUCCAAGUGAAGUGAUGUUCUGAUUGGGCUGGAGUUUGUGCUUGAGAAAGAAUGUUCUAGAAGUGUUAUGGGUUAGUCAAUGUAGACUCUAAAUCUGAAAACGUGUUCCUGGGAUUGCAGUGGGUUCGUGAGAGGACUGGUACAGUCUAGUACACUGUCCCACCAUCACCUCCCUCUGAUGGUUUAAUGGUGGGUUUCUGCACUUGGAUGGGGUGGUCUGAGCUAAAUAGGAGGGACUGGGAGAAUGAUGGAAAGUGCCGGUGAAGAAAUGGAGGGUGCUGUGGGAAUGGAUCUUUGCCUGCUGGUUUUGAGUGUGUACCGGGCGGCAGCAGGCUGCAGGACCGCAGAGCCCCUGCAGGGAGGUGGCCUGAGACAGAGAAGCUCCUCAACAUGCUGAGCUGAGUCUGCCCUGUGACUGAGACAAGAAUCCCAAAGCGUUUGCACCCCAGACCGAGCUUACCAGAGGCAACACGGUCUUAACCAUAUGGAGCCAGUGUGGUGGAAAAUUCUCCCCAGCACGAGGUCAUGAAUAGUCUGGAUGGAGUUGGACUCCAUUUCCAAACUUGUCUAAUAAUAUAAUUUUCUUCUUUUGCAUUAAAACAUUUGGAGGUUUUGUUUUAAAAUGACUGGUAGAAGGGAAGUGAGGGUUCCACCUGCUGGCUGAGAUAGUUUGUGGUCAGUGCAGGCUUCCAGCAGUCACCCUGUACGAUGUGGGCAAGUGCAGAGGCUCUCCGAGUCCAACCAUCCAAAUCAAAUGAAAGGCACCACCAGUGUUGAUGAGCAGUGAACCACAUGUCCAGACACGAAGACGACCAGUGAUUUGUGUCCAGAUUCAGUAUCGGUAAUUUCUAGAAACUAUAUUUUUAUCAGUAUAUGUAAAUUUUAUGAAAUAAAGGUUAAGAAUCA